AUGAAUUUAAGUGAAUUAAAAGAUAAUGUUUUAGAAAUAAUUUAUGAUCAAAUGUUAAACCAUUUAGGUAUUUAUUUUAUUUUUAAAUUUGAAACUGGUAUUAAAGAAUAUGCAAUUAAAAGAUUCAAAUAUUUUAAAUUUCAUAAUAUUUACAAGCAUCUUCUAGGUUAUGAUUUUUUAUUAAAAUAUUGUCACGGAUUUUUCGAUAAAGAUCAAGAACGUAUUAAUUUUUUAGAAUGUUUAAAGAAAAAUAUGAUCAAUUAUCUGAGGAUAUUAACUUAA